AUGGUCCUGGGCCAAGUGACCAUAUCACCAAAAAGAUGCCACAACAUGCAGGCAUGUUCGCCUGGAAGCUAUGACUGGGUCAGACCUAGUCAGCGUGGCUCUGCGGGUCUUGCCUUUUCGUUGUCUGUUCUUAGAAUGCCAUGGCCUGGACAGCGCGGUGCGCAGAAGCGGGCGCCAGGAAUCGAGAAGCUCAGCGCAAGGGACAGCGGCCGAAGAGGAGGGAAGAGCCAGCCUUCGUGGCAGCCUGGGAGGACCGAUUUCGUCAUGUUCUUUCUAUUCGCGCUGCUCCUGGUCACGGUCACCUCCUCUAUCAGCCUGUACAUUGUCCUGGCUGGGGUCGAGAAGGCUUCCGCCCCUACACCGAGGCGACUGAAGAGCUUUGCCAGCCAGCUUCUGGCACGGGCGACUGGGAUGUCAAUCUCCUCCACUACGGCUGCUGGUGGUCUGACAAGCGGUGUCGCCACAGGCCUCCCCCAAGCCUCCUCCAUCGCGCCGGGCAAGGAGAUGGAGGAUCGGACCCUGUCGCACACUGGAAGCGACCCGUACCAUGUCGGACUUCCGCCGGCGGUUCCGAGGAGGUCAGCUUCACCACAGAGCAGAGGCCAAGACGAGGCUCGAGACAGUGGGAAGAGCCAUGCUGGCCUGCCCAAGGCGAUCGUCAAGAGAGCUUCUCCCCAGUCACCAGAAUCCGAGGAAGCUCGGACUUCUCCGUCCCCCCGCGUUGGCCUUCCAAAAGCCGUGCCGAAAAGCCCGCAGAGUCCAGUGGUGCAACAAGACAGAGGGCGCCAACAGCCACAGGCUGCCGCCCUCAAUGGGCAGAAGCAUGCUGGCCUCCCGCAGGCUGUGCCGAAAAGCGGCAUUCCGGGGCGGCCGGUGCAGGUAGUCCGGAGCGUCCAAGAAGCGCCGGGGCUUCCGCAAGCGGUGCCGCAGUCCCAAGAAAAUCGUGGGCUUCGAGGAAGACCUCCGACGAAUGCGCAGGAGCAGCGGCCGCGGGCCCCGCCUCCACCCCAUCCGGGAGCCCAGGCUUCCGCAGCGCCAGCCCCGCCACCGCCUCCACCCCAAUGUGGAGAGGCGGAAGCGCGGCAGGCAGCUCGAAAGGUGCGAGCCAAGCUGGAGGGCCAUCCGCAAGCACAGGCCCUCGAUCUUGCGAUUGGUCGAGCCGAGCAAGCCUUUCGGAGGCUUCUGAACGGCAAGAUUCAGGUGCAGUACAUGCGGAGCAGGAUUUGCUCCCGCCUUGAGGCUUGGCUCAUGAGUCUGGUGCGGCUUGGGCCCUCGAUGCUGCCUUCGAAGCAAGGCGUUCAUGACGGACCCUUUGCUUUGGUCUGGCCGCAAGCCGCCUACCUCCACUUCGGGGUGAAGCGAGUCUGGAGUUUGGGUGAGUAUACGCAGUGGGCCGAUCUUUGUGCAGCUCUUUGCACCCUCGGCGUCAAGGUGGACCUUUGGCCCUAUGGAAGGCAUCACAUUCCAAUGCCAGAAAUCUACCGCAAGACCGAUCUCAUCUUCACAGACUACGAUGGGGUCCAUGGAGGCAAGUCGAUGGAUGCUUUGCCUCCUUCUGACAAGACCUGGCUCUUGGACACCUUUGGGACCGACGGAACGGUGCUGGAUCACCAAUUCUGGGGACGCAUCCGGCCUCUGACGGACUACCCGCUUCAUCGUUUCCUGACCUUGAUACCAGGCUUCAGCCCUCGAAAUACCUUUCUGGGCGCGGCCACGGUCGCCAGCCGCACAGAGGACUCAGAUGCCGCCAAGGAGCUUCCCCGGCGCAACUGGCAAUGUGUGCUGUGGAGCAAGGUACACCCAUGGCUGAAUGCGUCUUUGGGUUGGCCGACUUACCACCUGUCCCUGCUGCGCGAGUAUUCGAAGUACUGCAAGGUGAUCGCUACGAUAGACAAGCAGGAUACCUUCGGGACGGAGAAGAUCUUGCAGUCAUGCUGCCCCGAAAUCGAUAUUCGAAACGUUCAGUCCCCGGCCUCCUUCAGGGAUCUUUUGCAAAGCUCGGCGGUGUACCUGGGUGUAGGAGAGCCGCUAAUAGCACCCUCGUGCUUCGAAGCCUUGAGUGUCGGGACCCAUGUCAUCCAACCUUGGCUUCCGGAGCCUCAUGCAGUGCAAAACAAGCCCAUCACUCAGAAGUGGACCUCUCAGCAUCCAUUCUUGGAGCAGGUACCGGAGCCCUUCGCAUACACCGUGGAUCCUCUCGAUUUCAAGGCUCUGGCCGAGACUUUCCGGAAGAUUCGCGCGGCCUACGACUCUGUCUACAGCCAGGCAGAUACCUCGAACACGACACUUCGGAAGUUCUAUGCCGUGGGCGAGUAUCCGGGAAGGGAGGUCUACUCCACCGAGGGCUUCCUUGAGCGAGUUGCACAUGUCGUCGACAACACCAGGAGCCUGACACCCGCAGACUGGGAGUGGGAGCGGGAAGACCACCCCCAGCUGCUUCCGGACAGAGCUUUUCCCAAACGGGCUGCUGGCUAA